GGCGUUCAGGGGCUACGCAGAGAGGAAGAGACGGAAACGAGAGAAUGAUUCUGCAGCUGUUAUACAGAGGAAUUUUCGGAAGCACCUCCGCAUGGUGGGGAGCCGAAGGGUUAAAGCACAAACAUUUGCCGAACGGCGUGAGAGAAGCUUCAGCAGGUCCUGGAGUGACCCGACUCCCAUCAAAGCUGAUUCCUUCCAUGACUCUCGAGAAAGCCAUGACCUUCAGGAUUCCUGCGGCACUUUGGAUGGCGACUUUGACUUGAACUGGGAAGCAGAAAAGGAACUGGAAGCCAUGGCGUGUGAUGGAGAAGACUUUAUUCCACCAAAAAUAAUGCUCAUUUCUUCCAAGGUGCCCAAAGCAGAGUAUGUCCCGACAAUUAUCCGCAGGGACGAUCCCUCUAUCAUCCCCAUUCUCUACGACCAUGAACAUGCCACCUUUGAUGACAUUCUAGAGGAAAUAGAGAAGAAGCUUAACAUUUACCGGAAAGGCUGCAAAAUCUGGAAGAUGCUCAUAUUUUGCCAGGGAGGUCCUGGUCACUUAUACUUGUUAAAGAACAAAGUCGCCACUUUCGCCAAAGUGGAGAAGGAGGAAGAUAUGAUCCUCUUCUGGAAGAGGUUGAGCCGGCUGAUGAGUAAAGUCAAUCCUGAACCAAAUAUCAUUCACAUCAUGGGCUGCUAUGUUCUUGGAAACCCCAAUGGGGAGAAGCUAUUUCAGAAUCUGAAAAACUUAAUGAAUCCUUAUAGGGUUGCCUUUGAGUCUCCACUUGAACUAUCAGCUCAAGGUAAGCAAAUGAUUGAGACUUACUUUGACUUCCGCCUUUACCGCCUCUGGAAGACCCGCCAGCACUCUAAGCUAUUGGAUUACGAUGACAUUUUAUGAGCUGGAGAAGACUUUGCAAGAGGAAGUUGAUCACCGGUGUCCAAGAAGUCAUGCUUAUUGCAGAGAGACUUUUUUAUUGGCACAGGGAGCCCUUCAAAGCCUCGUAGGCGGCAGCAGUGCUAAAGGGAGGGAAGAAGGAGCCCUUGGAAGUGUGUCGGGAGGAAAGUCUCCUGGGUCAAGAGAGACUGGAGGAAAGGGUUUGACACCUCACUCGCCUCGGGUCAGAGCCGUGGUGUCUCAGGAGGAGCUGUGUGAAAUGAGGACAGGAGGGAGUUCCUUGCAGAACUGAGCUGUUUUGGGUCAGAAUGGGCCAGAUUUGAUUCCAGGUCCUUUUAAAGACUUUUGAAGCUCAGGUUUUCUUACAAAAAAAUAAAAUCAAUUACCCAUGCACUACAAUGAAGAAGUGACCAGAGCACAGAGGAAGGAGGGGUUUGUGCUGAGGGGACCUUCUGUGCUGGAGAUCUUGGAGAGCAAGGACUGCUACACCUACUCCUGCGAGCUUAGAACAAGAUGAUCCAGUUUCAAUGUGAAUAUAUACUGGAAUAUAGAAUUGAAAUCUAACUUUUGGUUUGUUUUGUUUAAUAGAAAAUAAGUGCAAUUUUUAUAGCGAGAGGCGUAAAAUCCCUCUCAGUAUUUAAUUAGUCAAAAAUAACACACCAGUAACCAAUAGAUGAGGUAUUUUUGGUCUGCUUGAAAAUAUAUUCAAAAUGGUAAUAUAUCUUCUGUAGACAUAUUUAAUCACCAGCAAACAUGGUUUUAACAUAA